AUGAACAGCGAAGCUCCAAGAACACCCACUAAGUCGAGUCCUGGCGCUGUAGAAGAGAAUGAGUCAAAAAUCCCGUCUCCAAGUGCCACGGGAUCUCCCAAAUAUCGCAAGAGAACUUCAUCACCGAAACAGCUGCCUGUUAGUGCGUCUGAGCAUCAAAGCAUAAUAUCGCAUACCAAGAAGCAUAAAAAUGAGUUUCCUCCGGCUACUGAUGGCAAUCGUAAGGGUUCGGCUCACAAUGGAGACGAAACUCAAGGACCAGAAAGCUCCUCACAUAUGACAGCCUUUUACAAAGAGAAUAUUCGAAUCUUAAAUGAACUACAGGAUUUGAUGUUUCAAAAGAAGGCAAGGUUGGAUACUCUCAAAGAUGAACUCACGGAGAAUAAGAGCGGACUCAGAGCCCUGUUGUUGAAAGCCGAAACCUACAAGGAGGAAAAAUACGUCAAGUCUCAGCAACUCAAGCUAAAGAUCAACGAUGAGAAGAAGCUCCGCGACGAGCACAACACCAAAAUAAAGUUCAUAGCGAAAAACCAUGAGUUAGAGGUCCAGCAGCUAAGAGCAAAAAGUGUCGCAGAGAUGAAUCGAAGGGAAAAUAGCUACAGACAGAAAAUUGAAGAGCUUCGAUAUUCCAAAAUUAAACAAUUACAAGAGAAUCGUGAUAAACUGCGAAGUGAAAUUUCCGCUCUAGAUUUCCAGAUAUCAAACAACGAGUCUACGCUGCGUGAAGCUCUCAACGAGUGCGAGCAAAAACACAAACUUAACAAGGAGAAGGCAUUACGUCACCAUCAGGAGGAGCUUAGUGGUCUUUUAGAGAAAAACAGAAAACAGACUGCAGACAAUGAUGUUUUGCGGACUUCAUUGGAUGAAAAACUCAAAGUAGACUUCAGGGCAAAGGUGAGAGAUGCCGAACGUUUAAAUUCUCAUUUGCAAGAACUCGAACAAAAGUUAGAGGCAGUCCGCUCCGAAAAUGCAAAAAUAAAAACUGAUACCGAAACCUGUAGCCGUGGCUCGAUAGACUCUUUGGCCAAACGAGAUGAAUUAGAAAAGUUCAUCUCCGCGUCCAAAUCAGAACUAGCGGAGAUCAAAGAAAUUUUAAUGAAAGAAGAGACCAUGAGGAGGAAUUUGAAUAAUGAGCUGCAAGAGUUGCGGGGCAACAUACGCGUUUUCUGUAGACUGCGACCUAAAUUGAGUCAAGAACUUGAUGAAGUGUCCAACAUUCAGAUAGAAGAUUUCAAUGACGACGGCGCUACGCAGCGAAUGCACAUUCGACGAGACUCAAAAGCUCAUACUUUCACUUUUGACAAGAUUUUUGGAGAGCACGACUCCAACAAGAACGUUUUUGAAGAGAUAGGGCAACUUAUACAAAGUUCCUUAGAUGGAUACAAUGUGUGCAUUUUUGCUUUCGGCCAGACGGGCUCUGGUAAAACAUAUACAAUGCUCAAUCCAUCAGACGGUAUCAUACCAUCAACUUUAAACCACAUUUUCCUCUGGGUCGAAAAAUUGAAAAGUCUUGGAUGGUCUUACGACAUUUCCGGACAAUUUAUUGAAAUCUACAACGAGAAUCUUAGAGAUUUAUUGAAGGGCCAGGACGGGGAGUAUGAGGACACUAGUGAUGGCGCGAAGUUGGAAAUUAGACAUGACGUCGAAAACUGUACGACCCACCUUGUUAAUGCAACGACUUGCAAGUUUACAACUCAGGAAAUGGCAAGCGGUGUACUCUCGCGGGCGUUGAAAAUGCGCUCAACAGCAGCUACCAAGGCAAAUUCACGGUCUUCAAGAUCGCAUAGCGUUUUCAUUAUCAAACUUCGAGGCCACAACUCCAAGUCCGGCGAGCAUUCUAUGGGAACACUCAAUUUAGUAGAUCUGGCUGGCUCAGAACGAAUAAAUUCCUCGCAACCGGAGGCUGAGCGACUACGAGAAACUCAAAAUAUUAAUAAAUCAUUGAGUUGUCUAGGUGAUGUUAUACAUGCUUUGGGUACUAAAGACGCCCUGAAGAGGCACAUUCCUUUCCGGAAUUCUAAAUUGACCUACUUGUUACAGUACUCAUUGAUUGGAGACUCCAAGACGCUCAUGUUCGUUAAUGUUUCCCCUUCUUUAAGGAAUCUACCUGAAACUUUGAACUCUCUGCGAUUUGCUGCCAAAGUGAACUCCACGAAAAUGAUGAAAUGA